GGUUCUUUCUCACCCUGUGAUUGGCUGGUGCCUCAGUCUGCUCUGCUGUUUGCGCCAUGUCCGAGCGCUCUCUGUCAACGGGGCCCUCGGGGGCCACUGUUGUGGCACCGCCAGGGGGCUCUACCCUCGGUAGUGACUUGCCCGUCACUGGGCCCACCCCGACAGCUGGAGGUCCGGUUCGUAUGAACUUGUAUGCGACCUGGGAAACAGACCGAGGCAGCGCGGCCUGCGUACCCAGGCUCUUCUCUCUGACGCUGCGGAAGCUUGUUAUGCUGAAGGAUCUGGACAAGGAUUUACCCUCUGUUGUCAUUGCGGUGAAGCUGCAGGGCUCAAAACGAAUUCUGCGUUCCAAUGAAAUCUCCCUCCCGACCAGCGGGGUGUCAGAGACUGAGCUCCAGCUAACGUUCUCGCUGCAGUAUCCACACUUCUUAAAGAGAAAUGCAAACCGCUUACAAAUCAUGUUACAACGUCGCAAGAGAUACAAGAAUCGGACUAUCCUGGGUUAUAAAAGCCUGGCUGUAGGAGUUAUCAAUAUGGCCGAGGUUUUGCAGUUUCCCAGUGAAAGUGGCCUUGUCUUGUCUCUUCAUAGCCAUGCCAAGGAUGUUUCUUUGCCUGUUGCCGAGAUAAAUAUUCAUUCUCUCUCCAGUCAGCCAAUUGACCACGAGGGCCCAAAAGCCAAAUUAUCUGACCGUUCCCCAGAUAUUGAAAAUUAUUCAGAGGAUGAAGAUGAAAGCUUCUCAUCAGAACAAGAGGGGAGCGAUGACCCUUUACAUGGGCCGGAUUUUUACUUUGAGGAUGAAGAAGUGCGAAAGGUUAAGGUGAAGUCCCGCAGAAAGAUCCCAGCCUCAUCAGCUAUAACUAGACAACCAAAUAUAAAGCAGAAGCUGAAGUCCCUUCUGAACAGAUUUAAAGUUUCAGAGGAGGUUGGAUUUAGCCUGGAUCAUGUUUCACGUGAUGAGAUUCGGGAAGAAGAUUUGGAUGAUUUAUAUGACAGUCUAGAAAUGUUUAACCCAAGUGAUAGCUGUCCAGAGUUGGAGGAAAGUGAGAGUGUCCUGAGUACUCCUAAACCAAAGCUUAGACCGUUCUUCGAGGGAGUUUCCCAGUCAAGUUCACAGACUGAAAUUGGAAGUCUAAACAGCAAAGGAAGCCAAGGAAGAGACAUGAGCAGUCCGGGAGACCUUUCAGUAGAUGUUAAAAUCCCCCGUCAGGACGAUUCGAUGGACACAGUAAGUCAGGACGUAUCUUUGGAUAUCUCACAAGAUGUUGACACUCUUUCCGAAUCAAUCACUUUUUCAGUUCCUGAAAAAUCUAAAUCUGUGAAAAGUCCAAGUGUGACACCUCAGAGUAAGAGGAGUGUAUCUGUCAAAGAAAGGCCUUCUACCAAAGGACUGUCUGAGAGAACCCAGAGUACAGAGAGUGACAGGACAGCAGAGGCAGGACAAGUCUCUCAGGUUCCACGGAAGAUAUUACUGGACCAAUUAAAUCAAAAUCUCUCAGAACAGUCUCUUCCAGAAACUAUUUUCAUUGUGCAUACCUCUGAUUGGCAAGGACAGUUCGUCUCCAGUCUUUUUCAGCAGCAGCAUAAGCCAUGUGUAUGUAUAACCUGUUCUUCCGAUGUACAGUGCGCUCUGACUGCAGUUCUUACUCGAAUACAGAGGCACUGUCAUAUGGCACCAGGACCACCACGUCCUUUAAAAGUUGUGUGUGUGGGAGGGCACACUUUUCUCAGCUUUCUGCUUGGAGCAUAUGCUACGAACUUAGCAGGACGAACCCCUGACUGGUUGGGGUAUCUGCGCUUCCUUUUAGUUCCUCUAGGGUCUCAUCCUGUCUGUAAAUAUAUAUCUUCUUUGGAUUCUCGUUAUGCAUCUUUGUUCUUUGAUUCCUCUUGGAGAGAGUUGUUUAAUAAAACUGAGGUUCCAUCUACAGAACCAUCAUUUGACAUCAUUGGGCGUAUCAUGCAGUAUGUGAAUGGAGCCAAUAACUCCCAGCAGCUUCCAAUUGCUGAGGCCAUGUUAACCUGCAAACAUAAACUUCAGGAGGAUGAUUCAUAUCAGAAGUUUAUACCAUUCAUUGGGGUGGUGAAAGUCGGACUGGUGGAGACAUCCCCCCCAAAUACUGAUGCAGAGGAUUCUGUUUCUCUCAGUGUCGGUCUCCCUUCUACGUCUCCACCUUCAUCAGUCGGAGUCCUCCGUGAUGGUUCAGCAACACCUCCAUCUUCUCCGUCUUUAAGUGCCAGCCUCCAAGGAAACACAGGGACCAUGGCAGAUGCUUUAGGAUUACAAGUUGAUUAUUGGCUAACUUGUGACCGGAGAAAAGAGAGAGAAGGAGGAGGGAAGAAUACUCUGCGCAGUAUAUUCCGUUCUGUGGUUGUUUCACGUUUGCCAGGACCAGAUACACCACCUGGUAGUAUGAGUCUAAGUGUGGUAACUACUGAGUCACGAAACAAGAAGGUGCCAACAAUCUUCCUUAGUAAGAAACCAAAGGAAAGAGAAACUGAUGCCAAAAGUCAAAUAAUAGAAGGAAUAACAAGACUUAUUUGUUCCGCCCGACAGCAACAGACCAUGCUACGAGUCACAGUUGAUGGACGGCUCUUCAGUGAUGUGAAGUUUUUCCAGGUGGCAUCUCAGUGGCCUACUCACGUCAAAUACUUUCCUGUUGGAGUUUUCAGUCCUGCAGGAAAACCCUGAUUAUUCUUCCCUAAAGUCAUCAAAAAGAGGCUCUUCCUACACACUCUUAAUAUUCACAUGCAACUCUAACUAGUGGAUUGUGACGCUGUAUUGUAUUCUAGUGCAUACUACUACUGUUCUCCUAACAUCUACUUAUUGGGCAUGCUGGUGAUGAAACAAUGACCCCAUCUGUUACAUUGAGUGAGCACCAGGGCACACUUUGCAGAUGUUACAUACAUUCAGCAUUUAAUGUGGAACUGACAUUUUUUAUUUUAUUUGUAGGCCAACUGAUAAUAAAUUAUUUUUCAAUAUGCUUUAUUGAUUUGGGAUAAAAAAAAAAAAAAAGACUGUCUUUUGGCAGUGAACUGCUCACCUUCACUAGCU